GGCGGGAUUUGCAUGCGAUUUGCAUGCGAUUUGCAUGCGAUUGGCGUGAGGUUGGCGUGCGAUCGGCGUGCGGUUCGCAUGCGGCUCGCGUGCGGCGCGGAGCCAUGGCGGCGGCCCCCCGGCACCGGGGUCGGGCCGGGGCCCUGCGCGGCGGCGAGAAGAAGUGCUCAUGGGCAUCUUACAUGACCAACUCCCCGACACUGAUCGUGAUGAUUGGCCUCCCCGCGCGCGGCAAGACUUACGUGUCCAAGAAGCUCACCCGCUACCUCAACUGGAUCGGGGUGCCCACCAAAGUGUUUAAUUUAGGAGUGUAUCGCCGGGAAGCGGUGAAGUCUUACAAGUCCUAUGACUUCUUCAGGCACGAUAACAAAGAAGCCAUGGAAAUCCGCAAACGAUGUGCCUUAGUGGCUCUAGAGGACGUGAAGGCUUAUCUCUUGGAGGAGUGUGGGCAAAUAGCUGUGUUUGAUGCAACCAACACAACUCGAGAAAGACGGGACCUGAUCUUAAAUUUUGCUAAAGAAAAUGCUUUCAAGGUGUUUUUUGUGGAGUCUGUCUGUGACGAUCCAGAAGUCAUUGCUGCAAAUAUCCUGGAGGUGAAAGUUUCCAGCCCCGACUACCCGGAGAGAAACAGGGAGAACGUGAUGGAUGAUUUCCUGAAGAGGAUAGAGUGCUACAAGGUCACUUACCAGCCUCUCGAUCCCGAUGUGUAUGACAAAGAUCUUUCCUUCAUUAAAGUGAUCAAUGUGGGACAGCGGUUCCUAGUAAACAGAGUCCAAGAUUACAUCCAGAGUAAAAUCGUCUAUUACCUAAUGAACAUUCAUGUCCAGCCACGUACCAUCUACCUUUGCCGACACGGUGAGAGUGAAUAUAAUCUUGUUGGCAAGAUUGGUGGGGAUUCUGGUCUGUCACCGCGUGGGAAGCAGUUUGCUCAGGCGCUGAAGAAGUUCAUUGAAGAGCAGGAAAUUGUCGAUCUGAAGGUGUGGACGAGCCAGCUGAAAAGGACGAUCCAGACAGCCGAGUCCCUGGGCGUCACAUACGAGCAGUGGAAGAUUCUCAACGAGAUCGAUGCUGGGGUAUGUGAAGAAAUGACCUAUGCAGAAAUUGAAGCCAAGUAUCCAGAUGAGUUUGCAUUGAGGGAUCAAGAGAAAUAUCUUUAUCGCUAUCCUGGAGGCGAGUCCUACCAGGACUUGGUCCAGCGCCUGGAGCCAGUAAUUAUGGAGCUAGAAAGGCAAGGCAACGUCCUCGUUAUCUCCCACCAGGCGGUUAUGAGGUGCCUGUUGGCUUAUUUUCUUGACAAGAGUGCAGAUGAGCUGCCCUACCUGCGCUGCCCGCUCCACACCAUUCUCAAGCUCACGCCUGUUGCAUACGGUUGUAAAGUGGAGACCAUUACCCUGAGCGUGGAAGCAGUGAACACUCACCGUGACAAACCCUCUCUGAACUCAAACCACCUUCCCGCCAACCAAAGCCCUGUAAGGAUGAGAAGAAACAGCUUUACGCCGCGGGCCAGCGCGGACACGGUAAAGCGCCCACGACAUUACAGCGUUGGGAGCAAACCUCUCGACCUGCUGGGGCCUUUCCCAUCCCUGGAAGCUCGAGAUGGGGCCGACCAGCCGCAGCUGCAAGUCGGUGUCCAGCCUCAAGGGGGAAAUGCUUGCCUAGGAUGGCUGGUUUAACGGUGUAGAGGUUUGUGAGUUCAUCUCGGAUUCGGCUGGGAUUCCCGUGGCCAGAAGAGCCCUGCGGAACGGACUCGAGCAUCCCCGGAGCACAGUGAGCUGCACGCCGCUUUGGCCAGUACUCUCCUCUGAAAUGUGUUUUUAGAGUCUGUCUGUGUCUUUUCUUUCCGAGUGCUGAAAUGUCUGUCAGUGAAGUCGGAGAAAAUUUAUUACGGAGGUUUUUCAACCUGCUUUUAAUAUGUGUGAGCUAACAUAUCCCUGGUCUUUCUGGGCUGUUAAAAUAGUGUUCCAUGUCUUCCCUCCUGGUUAGGUAGCAAAAUUAAUUGCAGUGUAUAUGAGGACUAAAUGGUCAUAUCCAUACUUGCUGAAGCAGCUUUUCUUUGGAAGACUUGUUACCAGACCAAAUCCCCAAUGUUUUAGCUGUUACCAUUUCCAAGUUCAAAUGCAGUUAUUGUGUUAUUUAACCAUUGAAAGAGCUCCAGGUACCACUGGACUCUGCUUUCAGGACUGCAGAUUUGGAUCUCCUGAUCUGAGCCUGUUUCUGUGCUUUGGGAAGGCUUUUUGCACAAGGUGUAACAGAAGGCACUUGUCAGGUCACCAGAUCUUGUGGGAUGUCUCCUGCGAGAGGCAAAAGGGAAUAAAAGCUCCUGUCACUCUUUGGAAACAGCGUUAGCUACCAGUACUGUUGAACCUGAACUCAAGUCCUGCUUUAGUGUUGCACCCUGAUCUAAGCCUCAUCCUCUCACUCAUUUUUCCUGGGUUUUGUGGACGGUUUUAUCUCUUAGAACAGAAAAUCUGAGCAUCUCUUUGCUCAGUGUCUGGGAACGGCGAGGCUGAGUGUGCAGGGUUUGCAAGAAGCAGAUGUUUUUUACUAGCUGUCUCUAAUGUACCAAAUUUUAGGCCCACAACAAGUUUUUGAACUUGCCUAUGAAUAAGCUGUGAAUGUUACUGAUGUAUAAUGCUGCCUUCAGUAGGGUUUAAGCUGCUUUAGUAUUUAGUGCAUAGAUGGUGAAACUCCCCUGCGGCACGGCUCGUGUGAUGGCUGUGUGUUAUUGAAGCCCCACUGAAACCCCAGAUUUACACUUUUCUCCCAUGAGUCUUGACUUGUGUUUUGCCAAACUCCAUUUUUACCCCAUUCCCACUGUUCUUGCAAUAAGGGCAAAAUCCUCAGGUUGGGUGAAGAAAGGAGCAUUUGGGUACGAAGCAGGAGGCUGUUCUGGGCCUGCUGUUUCCAGUGUCUCCAGGAUUUAUAGGAGCAACUUCUGGGACUGAGGUUGCUUAUUUUAAAUAUGUAAAUAGAUGUUGGCCAUACCCACAUCAGGGAUCCGUGCUUGAGAAACAUACCGGCAUCCUGGCCCUGGCUGUGGAGGAGCUCAGCAGCCCCAAAGCCUGAGGUUUACCUGGGGAUUUUGAGCUCUAACCUGGUUAUUUUAAACACUCCAAGAGCUUUAAUUUGUUAAAGCUGAGAUAGAGGGGUCCAUGGCAAAAGCCCAGGCACUAAUCCUGACCCCUUAGGAUUUCUGAGGAGCAGAAGCGUGUGUUGAUCUAAAACCAUUGCCCCACAGAGGGACAAAAUGCAGUGGGUGAGAAACUGAGUUUUAUUGGUUUUGUUCCUCGGGCUGUUCCCACUGGGGCGCAGGUUUGCUACAGCCUUCUGCAGGAGCAGCACCGUCUGUUCUUUGGUUUUAAAUGUUACAGUGCUUAGAACUAAGCCAGAAAAGGAAAAAAAAAAAAAAUGAAGGAAAACAUUUAUAGCCUGUUAUACAGUAAUACUUGCUGUCACUCUCCAAUAAUGCUCUAAACGCACAAACCCACACCCCACUGGGCUGGCUUCUCCGACCGAGAAACCUCCUGCUCUGCUGGGGAAAAAGGAGUAGGAAUGUACUGUAGGAUGUUUACGCACAAUAUGCUGUAAUAACUCGCUAAAGAGUUAAUUAUAUUUGUAUCAUUGAGUAGUAGUUAAGGAGACAAAGCAUGUUUUCACCUGCCAGGAUUCAUGAAUGUAGCUGCUAAUAUGUUGGCAGUCGUAACUUUUUUUGUUUUUUUUUAAUCACUGCUAAAAAUCAGGUCUGCAGUUUGAAUCACUGGCUGUGGGUCCUUUAUUCCCUUUAUUCCUAUCGAGUGGGUCCUUGCUUUGGCUGUGGGCUGCUGGGUCGUGGGCUGGAACCUCUCAGUCACCUCUGCAGAUAGCAGUAUUUGUGCCUCGGUGCUUUAAUUAAAGCUUAACUUAUAGCCUCUUCCUCCUGCAUUUUAACUUUCAAAAAGUGUGUAAAUGCAUUUCUAGAGCAGAGCAGCAGCAGGUUUGUGAUCCUCAUAAUUUCCAGGCAGGUGAAUUGUACCUGCCAUGGCAGGUCCUGGGGUCCUGCCGAGCCCCGAGCUCUCUGGGGUGGCCAGGCUGGGGUGACACCAGUGACCCCACAGGUCUCCCCAGCCCCAAACAGGCUGGCGGGUUCCCGUGCCAGGUAUUUCCUUGAAAUCACCUGAUUUCCUUGGCACUGUGCAUACAAAUACCCUAGAAUAAACAACAGUUACACAAUGUACCUGAACUGAGGAUUAGCAGUGGCUUGUGCUGUCAGUUGUACCAGAGCUGGUGUCGGGAUGGGCAGGAAGAGGUGUCGUGAAUUUGGAGGUGUGAAGGUGGGCUCGGCGCCUUCCUGAGCACUGCACCACCGCUGGGGUUUGGGUUUUUUUCCUGUAUUUUCCUGACUUUCUCUCCGUUUCUAUCAGCAGAGGUGGUGGUGCCUGCUGUCACCCCCAGUGAGCAGUGGCAGGGCCACCCAUGGGACCUGCAUCGCUGCAGUCUGGGGACUGGCUGCCCUGUCAGCAUUGUUCUAGAGCAAAAUGAUCGCUCUGACAGGAAAAAAAAAACACCAAAAAAACCCAAAAAACAAACAACCCCGUUCUCUUUCCCAUCUGUGCUGCUGGUGAUGGGGAAAAUUGGAAAGGGAGGACAAAGGCUUAAAAGGAAGCCGGGUAACUUGAGUUUGUGUAUGCUGGCUGUGACGUUAGAGCUGCUGGCUCUGCAAGGUUCCCGGCAGCUCGGCGGUGGGGGCCGGGGAUGCCCAGUUCCCUUGGGAGGAGAGGCACCGCGUCCAGGAAUUGCCUGCCCUGGGUCUCCUCACCCCGUGCUCCUCGGAAGGGCACUGGGCGAGCGCUGCCAGGGCCACCUCCACCUCCGCUGCUGCUCCUCUGGCUCUGAACGGUUUGCAAAACGCAUCUCUGUAUUUAGUGUUUACCGAGACAGAUGUUAGGUGUCUACCUGCAAUUUUGCUACGCUACUGCUUUCUGAUGGUUUCUUAGGUUUAAAAAAAAAAUAAAAUGCGGUGUGUAUAAACUUGUGCUGUAUGUUGUGUACUCUGUGCACCUGAGCAUAGAGACCCCAUGAGCAUUCAUUUACAAUAAAGAGAUUUAAAAAAAAAAAAAAA